AAUGCAUUGCUGCGCAUGCUGUCUUCCUCUUUUUCAAGGCGCUCAUCGAAGAGAUCAGCCAUGUUUACGGCUAGCGCUAAGAUAGUAAAGCCAAACGGCGAAGCUGCUGAUGAAUUUGAACAGAGUGUUUCCCAGGCUAUCUUGGAGUUGGAGAUGAACUCUGACAUGAAACAACAACUCCGUGGACUCUACAUCUCUGCCGCAAAGGAAGUUGAUGUAUCUGGAAAAAAGGCCAUUAUCAUUUUUGUACCUGUUCCUCAAGCAAGAAGCUUCCAGAAAAUYCAGACUCGUCUUGUUCGUGAGUUAGAAAAGAAGUUCAGUGGCAAACAUGUUGUGGUAAUAGCACAGAGACGAAUUCUACCCAAACCAACUAGAAAGUCAAGAAACCAGAAGCAAAAGCGACCAAGAAGUCGAACGCUGACUGCAGUCCACGAUGCUAUCCUUGAAGAUCUUGUCUUUCCUAGUGAAAUUGUUGGCAAAAGGAUAAGAGUUAAACUUGAUGGUUCACGUCUCGUUAAAGUGCAUCUCGACAAAGCACAACAGACAACAAUUGAACAUAAGUUGGAUACAUUCUCAUCUGUCUACAAGAAGCUGACUGGAAAAGACGUCAUCUUUGAAUUUCCAUCAUUUGAUUAAGCUGUAACAUGGCCUAAAAUAAAAUGAUAUAUAUGCCCUUCAUUGGGCUGUACAAA